AUGAAAAAGAUAAGUGCAGUUUCAGUUGCUCUCACUUGGGAAAGAAUUAACAAGGAGCAUGCUAGUAGAGAUGUAAACAAGUUCAGCAAAGCUGAUGCAGAUUCAGGAGGUCUAUCUAAAAGGGGAAGGUUUGACAAUUCCAAGGCUGGUAGUGUUCGCAGGAGAGCUUCUGGUGCUUGUUUUAAUUAUGGGAGCUUCCAUCACAAAGUGAAAGAUUGUCCUAAUUAUAAUCCUAUUUAUUCUCUGCGUACUGAAGGCUCGGUUCAGAAACCUAAUAUUACUCAUUCUCAAGGGAAUAGAGGUUCAAGAUCUAGAAGCACACAAACAGAAGGUGCAAGUGAAGCUAAUCAAGCUAGUGGGUCAAGAUCUACAACUCGAGCUUCUGCUAUGAGACAUAGGGAUGACCAAGAUGGGGCAGACGUGGUUUUUGGUAAAUUUCACUUAUUUGGCUUAUGUGUUGUUACAUUAUUUGAUCCUAGUUCUAUACAUUCUUAUGUUUGCUCAUCACUGAUUUUUCCUAAAAAUUUCAAAUCUAUGAAACUUAAUUGUGGUGUGCUUGUUAAAAGUCCUUUGGAUCAUCAGGUUGUUUGUAAUCAAAUUUAUCGAGGUUGUCUCGUGAUUCAAAAUAUGAUCUUCUCGGCAGAUUUGAUUGAAAUGCCUUUACAAGACUAUGAAAUCAUCGUCAGUAUGGAUUGGCUUCAUAGAUACCAUGCAGUAGUUGAUUGUAGGUCAAAGCGUUUGACCUUCCGAGCUCCUUCAUUUUCACACAUCAUUGUUCAAGUUGAAAGAUCAUUGACAUCUAAUAUUAUCUCCACGUUUGUGGCAAGAAAGAUGAUCAGUCAAUAUUGUGAAGCUUAUCUUGCUCAUAUAUUUUAUACACACCUGGAAAGUCCAAGCCUUAAAGAUAUACCAGUUGUAUGUGAAUUUCCUGAUGUUUUCCCUGAAAAUCUUCCUGGGUUGCCCCCGGAAAGGGAAGUUAAAUUUCCUAUAGAAGUUAUUCCUGAACUACUCCUAUUUUUAUAA